AUGCAGGGAUCGACUAGACGGCGUCAGAACCUUGAUACAACCGACGGUAUCAAGGUCGUGAAGACGUUCGACAGCGCAGUAUUCUCUGGCGCAAGCAUCGAAACAGACACCUACAACCUUGAUAGUCUAUUGAGCUUGCCUGAGAUCGUACGAGUCUGGCCCAAUCAAGUGAUUCAACUGGAGCCGCUCGAUCCACAAGCUGUCGCAGUAGAGGAUGCGCCUAACUAUACCACACAUAACGCUACCGGAGUCUCUAAGUUGCAUGACGAAGGGAUCUUUGGCGAAGGCGUCAAGGUUGGCAUUGUCGAUACGGGAGUAUGGUACUACCAUCCUGCACUUGGUGGUGGAUUCGGUCCCGGAUUCAAAAUUGCAGUCUGGCCAUCCGUAGGCUCAAAGGUGCCAGACUCAGACCCCUUAGACCAGCAAGGCCACGGUACCCACGUAAGCGGCAUUGUCGCUGGUAAAGCUGAAGGCUGGACUGGCGUCGCACCCGAGGCGACACUUUACCUGUAUAAGGUCUUUUCACAGGAUGAAACCACUGACUCGGCCACGCUCAUUGAUGCGUUCCUGGCUGCCUAUAACGAGGGAGUCGACGUCAUUACUUCCUCUAUCGGCGGAGCGAAUGGUUGGUCUAACAAUGCCUGGGCUGAGGUUGCCUCCCGCCUUGUCGAGGAGGGUGUUGUUGUGACGAUCUCCGCGGGAAAUUCUGGCUCAGUCGGUCCAUUCUACGGCAGCUCAGGCUCAUCUGGGCAGAAUGUUCUUGCAAUCGCAUCUGUGGAGACAGAGCAAUUCCCGGCAACGCCGUUUGAAGCCACUUACAACCAAGAUGGAAACAGCACUACUGUUAAGGUUGGUUAUCUGCCUUCAACAUACUAUUUCCCGACCACGAUUGUAGAUUGGCCGAUCGUAUCCUUGUCGUUGGACCCGGACGCUCCAGCUGAUGGGUGCGACCCGUAUCCUGCUGGUACGCGCGACCUGACUGGAGUGAUCCCUCUUGUGAGGCGAGGAACGUGCACCUUCCAACAAAAACAAGAGAACCUGGCCGCACUUGGAGCUGAAUAUAUCUUGAUAUUUAACGAUGAUAGACCGCUAGUAACUCCUUCUACUGGAAAUUACGAUACGCUGAUUGCUCUCAUUCCAGCUGAGAGUGGCGAGUCGAUUAUCGAGACUAUCAAAGCGGGAGGCAAUGUCACUGCUGACUUUUCUGUCAACCCUGAAAUCCCUGUAGGACUUCCUUAUCCUGCCGGCAACAGGCCAAAUACUUUCACGUCCUGGGGUGGCCUAUAUGACUUGCAAAUCAAGCCGGAUAUCGCUGCGCCUGGAGGCAAUAUCUUCAGCACAUACCUGGAUAACUCCUACGCGAUUCUCAGUGGCACAUCCAUGGCCUGUCCAUAUGUCGCUGGUGUUGCUGCUCUAUAUAUCAGCAAGUACGGUGGUCGAAGUGUUCAGGGCAACGCCUUUGCAAAGACUCUGUCUCGGCGUAUCAUCGCCAGCGGCAGAGCGCUUCCUUGGUCCGAUGGCACCGCAACUGACUACGGAUACAUUGCUCCUGUAGCCCAGGUCGGCAAUGGUUUGAUUGAUGCUUUCAAAGUUUUGCACUAUGAUACCGAUUUGCAAUUUGAAAAGAUCGCACUAAAUGACACCCGUUAUUUCAGUCGAUACCACGACAUAACCGUUAGCAACACUGGCUCAAAAGACAUCACAUACAAGUUAUCGGCCCAGGAUGGCGCGGGUGUUGACACUUUGGGUUGGUUUCCCGUUUCGGGAACUACCGGAACGAAGCGUGUCAGGGCUUUCGCAGAACUGGUUCCUAAAAUCCUUACUCCUGAAAUCAGUCUACCAAGAGACUUCACAUUGAAGCCAGGCCAAAGCAAGACAGUUUCAAUCAAUUUCAAGAACCCGGAUUCGCUCGGAUGGAACGCGUCUGCCUUACCCCUUUAUGGCGGCAAGAUUAUUGUUUCGGGAAGCAAUGGAGAUCAGCUCUCUGUGCCAUACUUGGGACUUGGUGGCGAUUUGAGGAAAGAAAUAGAUCCCAUCUAUCAGACUCCCUUCCCGAUCUCCUACUCCACCAGGAGCAACAUCGACAUAUCUGUGAAGUCCUACUACACGUUCAAUCUCAGCGUUAGUGCGCAAGACUUCCCGAAGAUCUUCAGCAGAAAUAUUUGGGGAACAAGGGAGGUCCGUUGGGAUAUUUUUGAGGAGGGUUGGUCCGAACGCCAGUGGAGUUACCCUCCUGUGCCAGGCCAGAAUGGCUACAUUGGGUCCGUUGCAUCAUGGGUUGGCUCAGGACAAGUCUCGGUCUUCAACCCUGCACUAUAUGACCCCGACGAGACGUUCAACUACCCUCUCACCGACAUAUAUCGUAACACGCCUACUGGCUAUUUUGAGCACUGGUGGUUCGGCAAACUCGCGAAUGGAAGUCAGAUUGCCACUGGCAAUUACACGUCACGUUUCGCAACCCUAAAGCCGUUUGGUAAUCCAACUCAUGCCGACAACUGGGAUGUCUUCAAGUCGCCUCAGAUCAGUGUUCUCGGCAAGUAUUAG